AUGGCCAGCCUGGUGCCAGCCAUUCCCCAUAUGCAGCAAAACCAUUGGACUCCUAUCAGUCCGACGAAACCAGUGACCGCAUGCCCACCCUCGCCUCCAUUGCCCCAACCACAUGACGACAAAACCAAUCCAUCCUCUCUAAUCAGUCCGCUUCGAUACUCCAUUCUUGCCUCAGCCAAUCGUAUUGCUCAGGCUUCCAAGGGAAAGAAACGAGAGAGCCCAACAUGGUCACAUCCAAAUCUAUACAAGAAGCGCUCAGUAGGAUUUUCUAGGCUCCAGGUCGCCGAAGACAGUCGCCAGAUACCCAAAUCACAGGGUGCUACGACAAUGACGCCUUCCCGAGCAGACUUGAAGAGUAACGACACACCUCCGUCAGCCACUAACUACCUCUCGCCUGUUCCUGCGAGUAAAUUGAACAUCCCUUCAUCUGCCAACAAGAGAAAAUUUUCCAAUGCAUUCCUUGAAGAUCCAGAGGACGUUGCAACUGCACCUGUAUUCAACCUCUACAGCCAUAAAACUGGAGAAGGAAAGUCAAGAGGUCAAGCUCGAAUCUAG